AAGUCGGUAAGGGGUGGUGGGUGCGCCUACAGGAGGCAUCACAUUUACUCAGUGACUUCUCAUAUCCGUGUGCUGUUGCUUGGACAGAUAGCAUUCGAGUUUUCACUCUAACGUUACAGGUUUCCGGAACGCUUGACAUUUUGACAGAGGAAUUCAUUAAAAAGCACCAUGGCUGUAGAAGGAGGCGCAAAAUGCAUCAAAUACCUGCUCUUUUUCUUUAAUUUCAUCUUCUGGAUAUGUGGCCUGGCCUUAAUAGUUGUGGGGGUGAUGGCAAAAGUUUCUAUCAACACCACGGCCUUCCUCAAAGGAUACUCCGGGUCUCCUCUAGUGAUCAUAAUUGUGGGAGUCAUCAUCUUCUUCAUUGCAUUCUUUGGCUGCUGUGGUGCCUGGAAGGAGAAUCAGUGCAUGGUCACAAUGUUUGCUGUUAUUCUCUCCCUCAUCGUCAUCGUUGAAAUCGGAGCUGCCAUCGCUGGAUAUGUCUUGCGUGGGAAUCUGACUGAUCUCCUGAAUAAAGGUUUUGACAGCAUGAUUGCAGGAUACAACGAAACGGAAAACCGUGAAGCCAUGGAUGGUAUACAGAGAGAUUUAAAGUGCUGUGGAAGAAACUCCUCCAGUGAUUGGAUGAACUCAAAAUUCUUGCCUGCCAAUUCAGUCCCAGAUUCCUGCUGUAAAAACAUCACUAAGGAUUGUGGUAAAGGAGCUCUCCAACAAACCACUAAAAUCAACACUGACGGAUGUCAGCCCAUUUUGGACAAAGUUCUGAAGCAAAAUAUCCUGUGGAUCGCUGUGGCAGCUCUGGUCAUUGCCUUUGUGCAGAUCUCGGGCAUUGUGUUGGCCUGCAUUCUGAUGCGAGCCAUCCGCAGCGGCUAUGAAGUCAUGUGAUCACAUCUAGUUACAUAACUUCCCCCAUAUUAGCAUAUCACUUAAAGCUCUUAGAGACUGUUCAGGUGUUUUGAAAACUAUAUAAAUGCCAGUUAUUUUCCCCCUUGCUGUGUAAGUUGACAGUACUCAUUUUC